AUGAGCACCUCCGCACCAAGUCAGGAAGUCUCCAAUUCCCGCGCUCGUCGGUCUAACUUCCGACAAGCGACGUUCAUCCUUCCUCGAACAGGCCAGCGAUUGAAAGGGCUGGUCAAUCUGGUCAAGUCGGGAAGGCACGAUGUUGCUCAAGAUGGCGACGAGGAGGAGCAACGCCCGCUCCUCAACUCUUCCUCUUCUUCUACCUCUUUUGAUACACCUCAUCGAUCGGCCGACAUGGAAAACACCGCACGCAGUGGAAUACUAGGCGUGUGGGAUAAGGUGUACGCAUUCGCUGUUUCGGAGCAUGGCAAAGGCGUGUUCAAGUUUGGCUUGGCCUACCUGUUGGGAUCGUUGGCCACGUAUAUUCCCUUUAUCUCGUCAUAUUUAGGACACCAGGAUGGGAAGCAUGUUGUUGCGACUGUUACGGUUUACUUCCACCCCGCUCGUUCUAGAGGAAGUAUGAUUAAGGCUCUGAUUUGCGCCAUUCUCGCCUUCCUUUACACGAUAUUUGUGUCUGUUACCAGCAUGUACGUCUCCAUGUUCUUCGAGAACCUCGACUUGCUUGUAAUCGGACAUAUCAUAGUUUUGAUUGUCUUUUGCGGAGGAGGGUUUGCAUUUAUCGGUUGGACGAAACAGAGGCUCAACGACCCUCUAGUCAACGUUGCAUGCUCUCUUGCUUCACUCUCUACGACUACAAUCCUGACGAAAGAAGGCGCGGUACAAAAGGGAAAUCUGUCAUUUGUUAAAAUAGAACAGACUCUAAAAAUGCUGAUAAUGGGUGUCUGCGCAGCUAUGGCAGUGUCAUUCCUGUUCUUUCCCAUAUCAGCAAGGAAAAAGCUCCGAGCGAAUGUGACUACCAUGACAAGCACCCUCGCAAUCAUGCUUGGCUACGUGACUGAAAGCUUCAUCACAGGAUCUGAUGACGAGAUGCAUACAUCGCCAUUCACUAAUGCGUCCGCACAAAACAAGAGGAGCUAUAUUCUAUUGGAUAAAUUGGUGAAGGAAGCCAAACUUGAGCACUACGUCGUAGGUACAGAGCGGGAAUAUCGCCUGGAGAAGAGACUUGUUCGAUGUGUUCAAGACAUCAACCAGAAUAUGGGUGGUUUGCAAAGCGCGGCAAACCUACAGUUUCAACUUCUGAAGCAAACUCAACAGGGCUCUGGUAUCUUCUCGCCUAAUCGCACCAUUCUUGUACGUAAGAACAGUUCGACCAGCUAUCCCGGUGUCUGGUCGGUCUUUGAAGACCCAGUGACCCUCACGCCAUCCAGAGAGCCGGAGGAGGCUGAUUUGACAGCGGAGCCUCAGACCGUGAAUGUUCCAGUAUCGAAUCUGGAGCAUGAAGGAGGUGUUUCGACUGCCACCCCAUCACCACAGCGAAUGUUUGAGGUCUUCAUUGAGCAUCUAGGGCCGUCUAUGCAAUCAUUUGCCUUCACCCUCAAGGAGAUUCUUGAGGAUAUUCCCUUCGGUUCUGGUCCGGAUCAUAGGGUAUCGUUUAACACCAAAUUUCACAGCAGCCUUGAUCGCGCUUUGAAGCUAUACCGAGACGCUAGGGAAGCGGCUCUGGCUUCGGUCUAUCGGGAAAGAGAUUUUGCCAGAAUACAAUCCCCCGACGUGGAAGCUGAUUUGGAGGAAGUGUCCGCUAGCUGCGGUCAUUUCAGUUUUACUUUGAUGGAGUUCGGAGAGCAGCUAAAAGAUCUGCUCCAGAUUCUAGAUGAAUUGAAGCUUGAAUGUGACGAACGUCCACAGGGUUUAACAUGGAAUUGGCUGAAGUUCUGGCGGGUUUUCAAGAGUUGUGGGCCAGAAUCGUCGAAUAGUGAAUAUUCAAAUCUGGCACUGACGAACUCCAGCCGCCCUCACCUGAGGAAAGGACAUUCAUCGUUGGAAAGUGGCUACACUGAUGAUAUUCGCCUUCGGAACAAGCUCACUUAUCGAGUCUGGAAGUCUUUCAGCUUCCUGCGACGUGACGAAACAAAGUACGCCGUCAAAGUUGGCGUUGGUGCCGCCGUAUAUGCUCUUCCAUCUUUCAUAUCCGCGACACGGCCCGUAUUUACUGCGUGGAGGGGUGAAUGGGGUCUUGUCUCUUACAUGUUGGUCUGCUCUAUGACCAUUGGAGCGUCUAAUACUACUGGAUAUGCUCGAUUCCUCGGCACAUGUCUCGGUGCCUGUUGCUCUAUAGCUUCUUGGUAUAUGUCGGCCGGAAAUGUUUUUGCUCUCGCCUUCCUAGGCUGGCUUAUGGCUACAUGGACCGCCUAUAUCAUUCUGGUCAAAGGCCAAGGGCCGAUGGGACGUUUCAUCAUGCUCACAUACAACCUUUCGGUUUUAUAUGCUUACUCUCUAUCUGCGAAUGAUAAUGACCAUGAUGAUGACGAAGGCGGUGCUCACCCGAUUAUAACGGAGAUUGCGCUUCACCGUGUGGUUGCAGUCCUGUCUGGCUGCGUUUGGGGAAUUAUAAUCACAAGAAUCAUUUGGCCAAUUAGUGCAAGAUCUAAACUUAAGGAUGGACUGAGUCUUUUAUGGCUGCAGAUGAGUUUGAUCUGGAAACGCGAUCCACUAUCAAUGAUGAUCAAUGGCAAGCCCGUUGUUCCAUAUCUGACUACUCGCGAAAAGCUGCAAAUCGAGCGCUUCAUCCAGAAUUUGGAGUCAUUACAAGUUUCAGCCAAAUCGGAGUUCGAGCUGAGAGGCCCCUUUCCGGAGGUAGCCUAUCGAAAUAUUAUCAACCGAACGAGAAGCAUGCUCAACGCCUUCUAUUCCAUGAAUAUGGAAAUUUUGAAAAAUCUCACAGCUUCCGAAGGCGAGAUCAGUCUACUCCAGUAUACAACUCAGGAACGUGUCCAGCUAUCAUCUCGCAUUAGUCACUUGCUGUCAGUGCUCGCAUCCUCCAUGAAGCUCGAGUAUCCUUUGAAUGAUGCUCUACCGAAUAUACAACACGCGCGAGAUAGACUUUUAGCUCGUAUAUUCCACUAUCGUCUCGAGACCGAAUCGUCGUUGCACACAACCGAUGGUGAUUAUGCAUUAUUAUAUGCCUAUGUCUUGGUUACAGGGCAGUUAGGAAGCGAGAUUAUUGAGCUCAGCCGAAGUUUGGCGACCUCCGUUCAUUAUUCACACCCAAAGAAGCUCAACUUCCAUCCACCUCGCUCAUCAAGCGUCCGGAUCCUCAUCUCCAACAGGGCCUCAUUCAAUUCUCCCGACUCACACGACCAUAUCACGUACAAGAAAUGGUCUAGCCAUCUCUUCAUUUUUGAUGAAGAUCUAACGUCUUCCCUGUGGCUUCGCGCAGCCGAUCGCGCGUUCUCCCUCCCAUUUACUAUGCAGAUCGAUCCGGCAGCCCUGAGUCGAACCGAUUCGGCUUCGACGGCUGUAUCUACGUCCAAGACUGUCGCAUCAGCAGCGGCUGCCUCGCAAAAGUCUACAAAGGCGCUGAUUUCAGUCCCGCGCCUGGAUCUUGAGCCUGUAUACACGGAGCUGAAGGCCGCUAUUGGCGACAAUUGGGCGGAGUACAAGCAGUCAACCACGCUCUUCCUCUUAGGCCAUCUGAAUCAAGAUGAAUUCUCCUCGCGCCUUGAUCACAUAAUUUGUGCCGACCCCAGGACCGAGCAUCUACAUAACAACUUCAUAUGUGCGCUUAUCGGCAACCUCUCCAGAGACCUCCCCGACCAUGGCGUCGCAAGCUGGGUAUCGGCAAAUGACAAGCCUACUGUGGUAUCGAAGCCGGUCUCGAGUGACUUGGCGGAACAAAGGCUGAAGACGGAGGUGAUGCAACUACCUCCCCGGGACCGCAAGAGGAUCAAAGCUAUUCCUGAGCCGGAUCCACAUGAGUUAGCAUCAAAUGAGCUCGAGUUAUACUAUCAAGCCAAGCAAAUUACGCUACCUACACAGGUUCCAGCGAGUGCCGGUGGCUUGAACAAAACGAAUUGGGAGCUCGAGAUUCGAAAACGCUACGCGCAACCACUCGGCGCGGAAACAGGCGAAUUCCCCGAUGCAGAAUCAAUAUAUGCCCGUAUGGUACCGAUAUGUUACGAGGAGUCGGUAGCCAGCGGAGCAGGAUUCCCUUGCGCCGAGUUCAUGGCCAUCGCCACGGAGACAUUUGUCAAGCAGGUGCUAUCAAGCGUUUUCUCGCGCACAAGGCAUAACGGACCAUCGGGCACAAUCAACGGCAUGAUGUCACGAAAAUAUCGCAGGCAACUAGAACGUGAAGAGCUUGGGUUUACUCGCGGCGAAAUCACCAAGGAUCUCGCAACUGGGUUGCUGCCCGUUGAGGCGAAGGAGGCCCGUAUCAGACAACCAUUGGGAGUUAAGGAUUUGCGACUGGCACUCAAUCUGGGCGGGGCGCUACUCGGUCAGAUGCCGUUGGUUGUUGAAGAGAUCAUGGGUGCCUACGAUGAAGAUGAACUGGAACUUGAGAGACAUGGUUACAUUGAAGAGCUGCGCGAGAAGGCUGACGUCGAUUCGAAGACUGCUACCACGGUAACAACAGCAACUACGGAGACCAAUGGCGUUGAUGCCAUGGAUAUUGACGAUGAAUGGGAAUGGGAAGGUGGCACAAUGACAGAUAGAGAUCAGCUAAAUUCUCUUUUGGACGAUUGUCUGUCACUGGCGGCAUGA